AUGGCGUUUCGAGGCGAGCGGUUCGUCGUCGAUCUAGAUGAUGACACUGUCACGAUCCCGAGCGAUCCCAUCCCAUCGCCCUUCUCCCUGAUCGGUGAGAUUCGUGAACGAGAGCCCACCGCCGCCACACCGCCUGCUCCGGCGCUGCCUUCGUCCGCCUCCUCGACUGGAUUCCCCGCGCACCGCCGUCGCAAGACGCCCUCCUUUAAAGAGCGAAGAGCCGAGCAGAAAGCUGCAGCGACUGUACCUCCUGAUACACUGAACUCCCCACCGACCCUCCAAGAUGACAAGCGCGCUAUCGGGGAGGAGAACCGUCGCCAUCUGGCGUCCAUGUCGGAGACGCAGAUUCAGCGGGAGCGGGAAGAGCUGAUGGAGUCGAUGGACCCGAAACUGCUGGAGCGAUUCUUGCGACGAGCUCAAAUUGAUGAGGAUGAAAAGACCAGCUCUGAGAAACCCGAAGCUACACCUACACCGGCAACAGCACCGACAGAGGAAGAACCAGCAGCAUCAAAGCCCCGGAAAUCCGUCUCCUUCGACAUUCCACUAGAGCCUGCAGCUUCUACACGAAAAACCUCUCAGAAACCCUCCACUACACCUAAACCAGCAGUCAACGACGACCGUUCACCUCUCCACCCUCCAAAAGACCUCCGACCCGCCUCCGAAAAACCCCCCAUCAUGGACCCCUCCGUCAUCGAAACCUUCCACUUUCCGCGCCCAAAACAACCCAUGCCAGUCCUGGACCCAUCAUCUCCAGAUUUCCUCACGGACCUUCAAUCCCACUACUUCCCCGAAAUGACCACCGACCCCGCAGCCCUCUCCUGGCUACGCCCACCAUCCAGCGACCCCGAAGAUCCUGACUCGAUCUCGCCUUAUCACCCUGCCAGCAGCGCGAUGUCGAUGGCACCCUCUGAGAUCAGAUUCUCGCUCCGCGGAACGAUUCUCGGACCUUCGACUUCGUUGGCACUGCCCACUACGCUGGGGUUGCACCACCACGGCAAUGAUCCACAGGCGGCAGGUUAUACGAUUCCCGAGCUUGCGAUCCUGUCGCGGUCUACAUUCGCCGCACAACGGUGCGUUGCAUGGCAGGUCCUGGGCCGAAUCCUGUUCCGACUGGGCAAGGGAGAAUUCGGAGAACGUGGUGGCCAGUUAUCCGAGGGCUUGUGGUUUGUGAUUGAGAAGGAGGGGGUUGUCGGGGGCAUGUUGGCUGAAGCGGAGGGUGUAUCCGGACAAGAGCGUAUCCGCGGAAAGACAGACACUGAACCGAAGGAUGAAGAUGAGAAGGACAAAGAAGAGAAGAAAGAGGGUGGACAGGACCGCCCGUCACUGCCUGUUGCGUCGGGUAUUGGACGACACGCGAGUGCAGCGGCCUGGGCAAUGGAAAGCGUAUGGUUAUGGCAGAAGGGCGGAGGAGGAGAUCGAGGACUAUUAAAACAGGGCCAGACUCGACCGCGGUAG